GAAAUUGUGCUGAAGCCUAAUAAUUGAUCGGAAGAAUGACAACAAAUAUACCUUCAUCUAAUCAUCAGAAUGGAUUGUUGUUGGCGAGGAAUAAAUUUAGAGAAAUGAAUAAUGAUAUUUACAGUGUAAUCAUGUCCUUUAUGGAUGUGAUGAAUUCAUCAUCGUUUUAUUCAUUCCUCUACCAGAAAUAUAAUGAUCAGAGUGAUGAAUUGUUGAAAUUUAUAUUCCCAGCACUUUAUAAUUUGAGUAAUAAUUCUUCAUCAUCGGAUCAGCCAACAAAUAAUAAUACUACUAUUAAAGUUAAUAGUGAAUUGACUGAGAUAACAUUUAUAUUACAUUGCCUUGGAUUAGUGAAUCAAUUAAAAUCAGCAGUUACAUUUAAUUCACUGCCUCCUUUGGAAGUUUUCCCUAACAUUGACUUGUACAAGGAAUGUGAUAAUUUUGUUUCCUUGUUGGAGUUGAUUAAAACCGAAUAUAUUUACUAUAAGAAAGUUGACCGUCUAAAAUUAUUUAAAUUUGUAAUGAAUUUAGAUUGUUUGGCAAGAUAUAUUGGAUAUGGGCUUUCACACUUUAAUUUAAAAACAAAGUCUUUGAAAGAUUCCUAUUUUACAACAUUUUCAGCUUUACCAUUCUUGAAGAAGGUAAAGGAAACUCUUUUAGAAAAGUUUGAACCAAUCCAACUUUUUGAAAAGUAUCACAUACCAAUUACUUCACGUGCAAUGAAGGAAAUUUUGAAUCAAAUGACCUUUAGAUCGAAUAAGUAUAUCAGCUCAUUCUAUUACUCUACGUAUGGUUACUCUCUAUGCAUGGAUAUUAUAAGAGUUACUGAACAUGAAAUUAUGGAGGAAGAUUUUGUCAAUACUCUUUCUUAUUCAUUUAAACUUAAUUUUUUGAAGGAUUUACAUAUUUGGGCGGAUUUCAGAAAGAUAAAGAAUGAGAAAUUAUUUUUUGAUCAGCUUUUGAAGCUCAUCGCAAAUUUGAACAAUAAUUUGAAUUUGCUCUACAUAGAUAUUGACUAUUACGAAAAUGAAGAUCAACUUGUCAAAUUAAUGGAACUACUCAACUCGGUAAAGAAGAAUUUGCACCAUUUGACAAUAUCUACAUAUACAGAAUCAAAAGAUAUGGAUCCUUUCGUUAAAAUUUCAAAACUUGACUUUACUCACAAUAUCAAACACUUGACUCUCAUCGAUAAGAAUAAUUUCAACUUGUUGAAUAGGCUAAUUUUCAAGAAUGCUUCCAGUUCUGAAAAUUCAAAACUUGAACAGCUAACAAUAUCAAAUAUUGACUAUUUAUACAUGUUUUUGAAUGCUCAUACAUCCCUUAAGAGACUUGAUUUUUAUGGGAAUUUGAAUUCAACUAAUGAGAGCUUUAACGAUACAAACCUUAUCAAGGAAUCAUUUAUGAACCUCAAGUCCUUAGAUACUGUCUUUAUAGAUGAUAGAAAUGAAGCAUUGGGAUACUCUGUUCUUGGAAAUAUGGGAAUUUAUAUCAAUAACAUUAUCUUCAAAUAUAGUAAGAAUGGAUAUACACUUUCCUCUCUCAUUGAAUGCUUUAAAAGAAACGCCAGAAGAGUUGACAAAUUAACUAUUAUUGACAAUACUAACUUUGGCACAAAUAUCCAAUUAUUGUGUAAGAUUGUUUCAUCAUUUUUGUUUGAUAAUAUUCUGAACCAAUUGGUCAUACACACAAGACAUGUGUCAUUGUUGAACGAAUUGACCUUCUCAAUCCACCACAUGUUCUCACCAACUGAGCUCGAAUUGAAAUAUCUUCAGAUUAUUAAGAAGUUGAAUUCUAUUGAUUUUAUUCUAUUUAUUGGAAAGGCUAAUAAUCCAAACAAUAACUUUACCAACUCGAAUUUAAAUGUAACCAUAACAAUAGUUCAUAGCAUACCAAUAUCUGGAGAAUUUAAUAUCAAGGAUGAAAUUAUUGAUAAAAGAGCAGAAAUAGAAAGUGUAAUGAGUAAUGUCUGUAUUUUGGGAAGUAGUGUCCAAUUAGAUCAGGUUGAUAUUCACACAUUCAGACCACCUUUCAAUCAUUAUUUAUUCUAUAGAUUUUUGCAUUCACUCUCAUUUUCCAAUAAUUUAACACUGACUAGAUCAUCACUUUAUCAAUUAAUGAUUGUGAAAUAAAUUAUUUCCAUCGUUU